AUGUCAAAUCCCCCUACGGAACGGAGCCUGGCGCUGGCUUGCUUCGUGGCACAUGUGCUACGAUGGGUUUUCGAUUCACCGUUCCAUGUCGACGAUCCAGAGUGGGAUGAUAUGAACAACGAAUACUCUUGGGUUGCAAAAAUGUGCGGCCUUCAGAUGGUGAGAACAUUAGACACCCUAGCCACUAUCGGGAUGAGCCAAAACGGUCACUUCAGAGAAUCUGAAAUCCCCAAUCUAGCUGCGAAGCAGUCUGCAGACCUUUAUGACGAGUUUGCUAACUACCUUCCUUUGAACCAGUCGCUCAAUCAUGAUGGCUUCAAGCUCAAAGGCUGGUUGCAUGAAGUCAUGCGAUUGAAGUUGGAGCUUCUGGUUUCGCGAUAUCAUCAUCGAAUCGAGUUCGUCAGGCCGGGAACCAUGUUCGAUAGCAGCUGGAUGACCGAGAUACCCGACGAAGAGGGCAGCGCAUUGGUAACAGACACGCAGUAUCGUGUUCGUCUUUGUGUCAGCCCCGCUCUCGUGGGUCGUAUCGACGAUACGAAGUGGUCGCAAGGACCUGUAUCAACUCACGAACCUGAAGAGUACAAGCUUGCUCUUUUGGAAUCCAUAGACUUCUUCGCCGAAAACCCCGUUCAGGAAAAGGCUUCACCCCGAGACGGGUUUAUCAGCCGAGCCGUGGUACUUGUGGAAGCAGUGCCAAAAGAUGGAGGUAUGGAAGCACGAUCGCAGUAG